GGGCACAGUCAAGUUUCACCGCCAGUGUAUCGUCGUGUACCUACUAUAUCCUGGAGCGAUAUAUACAACCUUAUCGAUACCAUCAGGUGUUAUCAACUUGGAAAAUACGUUUUCUGCGAAACCGUUCAACAAAGCCCAAACUUCUACCUUCCUCCAUUGCAGUAUCUGACUCUUCGACUGUCAUGUCUGGGGUCAAAGGUAAACGUCUCUACAAAGCGCUCACCAGUCUUCCUUCCUACAGCUCGGCAGAGUUUGUAGGAGAUGGCGUCAUCAGUGUAACUUCGUCUUUUCAAGACCAUAUCCGUAAUACCAGGCGUUCAUUCUUGAAGACGAUCUUCUUCGCGACCGAAUGGGAGACCGGAGACUUGAAGGUCACCAGAUCGUUACCCCAGGACGUUUCAUCGGACAUCCAAGCUACUCUAUACUCGCCGUCCCGGACGUUCAACGCAAUCCUUCGGGAGACGUCCACCGAUGGGAUCAAGAAGCGCUUCGUCGAGAUUUGGUACACUCAGGAAUCCCGCCUCGAGGCGGAGUUAGAAGUCACUUCCCUACAUGGCUCUUUCUAUAGUUCUUCCGACUUCAAGUCCCUUUCGUUCUCACCGUCGGAGAAUGCUCUGGUGUAUAGCGCCGAAGCGAACGAGAUAGCUACAGAGGAUGCAGACCCAUAUGCACGCUUUCGCUACAUUCCAGACGGCGGAGAGAGCAUGACUGGACUGAGGCGCCCCACUUUAUUCGUGGCGGUUUGGAAACAAACAGAAGAUGAAGCGAUGUCAGAAAUGACGGUGCAAAGCCUCGAGCUCCCUAAGGACAAAUUGGCAUCUCCCUGUGUCAUUUUUGGACAGGCAGUCUUCGCCCAGGAUGACACCAUUAUAGCUACGGGAUAUCAGUACACAGAGGAUGGCCGCCGCCUUGGGACGAUAUGGUGCGCGAACCGCCCUUGCGCGGUGUGGGAACUUCGAUUCGACAUUACCAAGGUCGAGGACAAGAAGACGGCCGGGGAGGACAAGAAGUUGGCCAGCUGUACCAUAAUUUCACCCACCAUAAUCUCCAACUCGACUCUAUCCUCGAGGUUUCCUCGAGUAUACAAGGAUCCGACCUCUGGGCAUAGCACCGCUCUCUGGCUGUCCCAUGCUACCGGUGGCGCACACUUUUCUUGCUUCUCACUCCACUCAUUCGACCUUCAAGCAAGGAAAUCUACUGAACUCAUUCCAGUCGUUUCGAAGCCCGACACUUCCUUCAUGGCAGGUUUCAGUGGGUUGAUCCCAGGGAUCCCCAAACAACCUUUCCUAGUUUUCAAUGGGAAAACUUACAUGAUUGCUCAGUCUGGUUCGGGAACCAAACAGGAGAUACUCUUGAUCGAUACGACCGAGCCAUGCCACGUCGUCUUCCUCACUCGUCGAAGCGCGGUCGCAGGGGAGGUGUAUUUUGAUCAUUGGUGCUGGAACGUCAUCGCCACAGAUGGUGGCCAUAACGUUCUCCUUUGGAGAAGCUCGUCUAUCAGGCCUCCACAGCUGUUACUGGGAACCUUGACAGGCUCCUCCACAUCGCCGUCGCUUCGUUUACAAGUCAUUGAUGAGGUGCAUCUUCCACUGAAGCUGCAAACGGCUAUAUCAUCAUUGAAGCUCUCAGUCGUUCGCAUACCCGAUCGAUCACCCUUCGAAAUGAUCUUAAUCGAGCACUCGUUGCCACUGGACUCUACCACGUCUCGCUCUGCACGCCCGUUGGUGACUUGGAUCCACGGUGGUCCUCAUGGUUCUUACCUAACCAGCUUCUAUCCUGUUGUUAUUGCACUAGCCCUACAAGGGUAUACCAUUUCUAUGCCCAACUACACAGGCUCUACUGGUCACGGAGACGAUUUCGUGCAGAAACUGGUGGGAAAAUGUGGAACGCUCGACGUAGACGACGUUAUGGCGUCUGUGAAGCAUUUGAUCGAGAUCGGUGUGGCGGAGGAAGGUCCUGGUAAACAACUCGUCUUGGGCGGUAGUCAUGGAGGUUUCAUCGCCGGUCAUCUCCUCGGACAAUAUCCCGACUUCUUCUCCGCUGGCGUUCUUCUCAAUCCCGUGAUAACUCCCGAGCCAUCCUACUCCGAUAUUCCGGAUUGGUAUUUCGAGGAAUUUGGUGUCCACUUUGACGCCAAGACACUCCUAACACCAUCCACCUACGAGAAAUUGUGGCCGAUGUCUGCUAUAUCGCACGUAGACAAGGUGAAAGCGCCUGUAUUGCUCCUCAUGGGGUUGGACGAUCGUAGGGUGGCGAACACGCAUGGUAGGGCGUUCUACCAUGCUUUGAAGGGGAGAGGGAUGGAAGUCGAGAUGCUGGAAUUCAAAGGGGAGGCACAUCCGAUCGAUGGCGUGGAAGCUGCACGAGUAUGUUGGGAGGCGGAAGUGGAUUGGUUUGAGCGGUUUAGAGCAUAAGAAUGUAGGAUCCAACCGUGGGCUGGGG